CCCGCAACUUGUCCUGGUUGAGUUGAGACUCUCUUCUCGGCUAUCGCGACGUGAAUUUCGACCAACUGUUUCUUAUCUUCACUGCAUCUUCCCCUCUCAAACUAGCCAGGCCGGGUCCUACUCAAACACACACGCGCCCUUGCAUCGUCAUGGCUUCCAGCAAGGCUUCCCUUCACGCUGCCUACACGGCUCCUUGCCCCCCCACCGCACACACUUUUGCCGCGCCGCUCUCGUCCGCUCCCACCAAGACGCAGGACGUGCAGGCCAAAACCGCCUAUCUCGCCGAGCUGAGGAGCAAGGUGACCGUGUUACAGGGCGACAUCAAUGUCUUCUUGACGGAGCGCAUGGAGGAGGACAAGACGGCUGCCGAGGCGCAGGGGCGGACGGUUUCAGAGCAGGAAGCCAAGGAAGAGGAGAAUUACGGCGAAGAGAGGGGAUUGGGGAUCUGGAAUGCAAAAGAAGAAAGACGUCAAUGAAUGACUAUCUCUAUCGACAGUCUUUUCGCUGGGUAUCACAUCGCAGACAUUCGACUGAGCACGACAAUAUCAACAGUCUAACAGGGAUGGAAAAGCAGAAGAGAGAGAGAGAGAGAGAGAGAGAGA